UCCCGCCUUCGCCAGCCCAGCCCCGGGAGAGCCGGCAUCCCGCCCAGGCCCACCGCGACGCCCACUGGCCCUGCACCCGGAGCGGGAUGAGCGGAGGGGUCUACGGAGGAGACGAGGUCGGGGCCCUGGUCUUUGACAUCGGCUCGUUCUCCGUCCGGGCCGGCUAUGCUGGGGAAGACUGUCCGAAGGCGGACUUCCCCACCACGGUGGGCCUCCUGUCCCACGAUGAGUCGGCCAUGGAGCUGGACGGCGACAAGGAGACGAAAUCCGGCAAGGUCUAUUACAUCGACACCAACUCCCUGCACGUCCCGCGGGAGAACACGGAGAUCAUCUCGCCCCUCAAGAACGGGAUGAUCGAAGACUGGGGCUGCUUCCAAGCCAUCCUGGACCACACAUACAACAAGCACAUCAAAUCGGAGCCCAACCUCCACCCCGUCCUCAUGUCAGAGGCCCCGUGGAACACGCGGGCCAAGCGGGAGAAGCUGACGGAGCUGAUGUUCGAGCAUUAUACCAUCCCGGCUUUCUUCCUCUGCAAGACGGCGGUGCUCACGGCCUUUGCCAACGGGCGCAGCACCGGCCUGGUGCUCGACAGUGGGGCGACCCACACCACGGCCAUCCCGGUGCACGACGGCUACAUCCUGCAGCAAGGAAUUGUCAAUCCCCUGGCCGGCGACUUCAUCUCCAUGCAGUGCCGUGAACUUUUCCAAGAGAUGAAUAUCGAAAUUGUCCCUCCGUAUAUGAUCGCAGCCAAGGAACCUGUGCGUGAAGGAGCCCCCCCAAACUGGAAGAAGAAGGAGAAGCUGCCCCAAGCCAGCAAGUCCUGGCACAGCUACAUGUGCAAUGAGGUGAUACAAGACUUCCAGGCGUCCGUCCUGCAAGUUUCUGACUCACCAUAUGACGAGCAGGUGGCUGCGCAGAUGCCCACCGUCCACUACGAAAUGCCCAAUGGGUACAACACAGACUAUGGGGCUGAGCGCCUGAGGAUCCCCGAGGGUCUUUUUGACCCCUCCAACGUGAAGGGACUGUCUGGAAACACCAUGCUGGGCGUUGGCCAUGUGGUCACCACGAGCAUCGGGAUGUGUGACAUCGACAUACGACCGGGUCUCUACGGCAGCGUCAUCGUCACGGGCGGGAACACCCUCCUGCAGGGCUUCACCGAUCGCCUCAACCGGGAACUCUCGCAGAAGACCCCGCCGAGCAUGCGGCUGAAGCUAAUUGCCAGUAACAGCACCAUGGAACGGCGGUUCAGCCCGUGGAUCGGGGGCUCCAUCCUGGCUUCUCUAGGGACCUUCCAACAGAUGUGGAUCUCAAAGCAGGAGUACGAAGAGGGGGGCAAACAGUGUGUAGAGAGGAAAUGCCCCUGAAUCGCUGGUCCUGCCCCCACCUCUGCCCCCCCCUUCCCACCGUCUCGGGGUGGGGGGGCUGCUGCAGCCCUUCUUGGCCUGGGUGGCAAAAUCUGCUCCCCACUGCUGUCCUUGCUCUGCCCUCCUCCCCUCCCCUCCUAACACGCCCUCUGUUGAGCC